UUGCCUAUUUGACAAUUAAAGACAGAUUGCCACAGAUCUUGACCAAAGCUAUAGAUUCCCUGCAUAGACACAAAAACGAAUUUUUUGAGAAACAUGGAGAGAAGGGUAUGGAAGCUGAAAAGAAAGCUAUUUCUCUUCUUUCUAAAUUACGAAAUGAAUUGCAAACAGAUAAACCAAUUAUUCCUUUGGUUGAAAAGUUUGUUGAUACUGACACAUGGAAUCAGUAUCUAGAAUAUCAAGAAAAUCUUUUAACUGAAAGUGACGAAAAGCCAAGGUGGUUUUAUUCACCAUGGUUGUUUGUAGAAUGCUACAUGUAUCGGAGAAUCCAUGAAGCCAUUAUCCAGAGUCCGCCAAUCGACCACUUUGACGUAUUCAAGGAAUCGAAAGAGCAGAGCUUCUAUGAGUCACAAGAAUCUGUUAUUAGUUUGUGCACUUACCUGCGAGAGUUGAUGAGCACUCUUAACUACCUCGAAGAGGAGCAGCUGAAGGAGGAGCUUUUUAAAUUUCUGCAGAUUUCAUUGUGGGGAAACAAGUGUGAUCUCUCUCUGUCAGGUGGAGAAACAAGUUCUCAGAAGACCAACAUAAUGGAUUCUUUGGAAGACCUCAAACCUUUCAUUUUAGUGAAUGACAUGGAGCAUCUUUGGUCCUUGCUUAACAAGUACAAGAAAGCAGAACAGGCUUCUGUUCGUGUGGCGAUCGUUCUGGAUAAUUCUGGGUUUGAACUUGUGACAGAUUUAGUUUUAGCUGACUUCUUGUUAACCUCUGAACUGGCCACUGAGAUCUAUUUUUAUGGGAAAAUGAUUCCCUGGUUUGUGUCCGAUACCACCAUCCACGAUUUUAAAUGGCUCAUUGAACAGGCAAAGCAGUCGAACCAUAAGUGGACAUCCAGGUGUGGGAAUGACUGGGGGAAGUACAUGGAAACAGGCCGCUGGGUGUAUCGUGACCACGUCUUCUGGACGCUCCCUCACGAAUUCUGUGCCAUGGCUCACGUUGCUCCCGAUUUAUAUGCUGAACUGCAGAGGGCCCAGUUAGUCCUGUUGAAGGGCGACUUGAAUUACAGAAAGUUGACAGGGGACCGGAAAUGGGAGUUUACCAUUCCGUUUCAUCAGGCUCUGAGCGGCUUCCACCCGGCCCCUCUCUGCAGCAUCCGAACUUUGAAAGCUGAAAUUCAGGUGGGCCUGCAGCCAGGCCAAGGCGAGCAGCUGGCUGCCUCGGAGCCCACCUGGCUGACUACAGGGAAAUACGGCAUCUUUCAGUUUGAUGGGCCGCUUUUAGGUGGCUCACUUAGGAACUCCUGAAAUGCAGAGCAAGGUCUGACCAACCCUUUGCCUCUGGAAGGCUGUGCCUCUUCUCUGGGGGUCAUUGGUCCUUUUCUGCCCAGUCUUCUCUGAGGCACUUUGUUCCUGCCUCCUUUGGGGGAGAAAAUGGAGGAAACUCGUUACAGAUUUUUACAUUGUUAUAGUUGGGAUUUUAGUAACUUAUUUCAUAGUUUCAAGGAGUUUGGAUGGAGAUUUUUUUUUUUAA